AUGUACGCGCACUUGAUCCGGGGUAGCGACGUCAAGGUGAUCAUGGGGGGGGGGAGAAAAGUCCAAGAUGUUCGUCGUUUUACCCCGCAAGACACAUGCCAUGAGAUUGUCCCUUUCACCGUGAACCCCUGGGGAGACGUACGACCCAUGAUGGAGGGCAUGCAUGGAAACAACCAACGUGGCUCUCGUGGAUUUCCCUUUGCGGCCGAGGAAUGCGGAGAAUUGCACGAUGGAGCGGCCGUUGGGUCCCGCUGGGAUGCCGAAGCACUUUGGGAGAAAACAUCUCACCUCCGGUCCGUUAUUGGCUCGGCUACAGACGACUACUGCCUCCAUCGACCCAAGCGGUUUAGUGUCAGGACGGAGGCCGCAUUAGCGGGUUUCAAGAUGCACUGCAAUGGAAAUGGGUCAACAGAAAACCGAUCUCCGGGACGUGGUACAGAGACCUUUCUUCCCAUCCGUGUGAAUGUCGACUCGUGCUCAGAAAAGAGCGUCACGUUCCUUCUGGAGCGUCAUCGAGAUGUUGAAGUUCCGAUGAUGAUUGCAGACGUGGCGGAGUAUGCGCUCACUGUUGAACGAUUGGGACACCGAGGAGGUUUGGGCCCUCCAGGCUGA